AUGGCGGGGCAGACGACCGGCAACCAGCCCUUCAACCCAUACCUCUCCAACGCACAACAGGAGCUACUUCUUGCCGCAUUGGCUUCAAACAACCCAUCUGCCAAUCGCGAAAAAUCAAAGCCCUCUGCCGACAUGAAAUCCCUCGACUUUGACGAUACCAGCCCUUAUCUCGAUUAUCUGGACGGAGACACCAGCUUCGACUUCGACGCUUCCGAUCUGGGCGGUCAACACAUGUUUGACAACAUGGGCAGCGCUGCUAGCAACAAGUCCGACUCGACUGAUGGCGACAAGCCCGACAAGCGCAAGAGCCCGGAAGAGGAUUCGCUCGAGGACGAAGUCGACGCCAAAAGAAGAGAAGGCGAACCAAAGGAGGCCAAGAAACCUGGCAGGAAACCUCUGACCUCGGAGCCUACUACUAAACGCAAGGCUCAGAAUAGGGCUGCCCAACGUGCCUUCAGGGAACGCAAGGAGAAGCACCUGAAAGAUCUCGAGACCAAGGUCGAGGCCCUCAGCAAAGCCCAGGAACAGGACAAACACGAGAAUGGUAUCCUGCGUGCUCAGGUUCAGCGUCUGCAAUCAGAACUUGGCGAGUACAAGAAGAGAAUGUCUUAUGCCAGUGGAGGCAUUGCCGCACACUCACCNCCUUCGGCCGCUCGUGUUGCGUCAAGGAGUAACAGCAACUCCCAAGCCGACUUCCAGUUUGACUUCCCCAAAUUUGGUGCGCUCCCUGGAAAUCAACUUUUCGGAAACAACAUUCAGUUUGGUCGUGAGAAGACUGUCAGCCCGUCUGCUGGUCCAAAUGCGAGCCUGCCGAGAUCGAACAGCAUGGGCAGAAACACAAGCCCUGGAACUCAAGUCAGUAACCACCAGAUGAGCUCGGGCCACAACUCCAGAAGUGGCAGCAUGAACAAGGGAACGAACAGCCCUCUUGCUCAAGUAUCAGCUGUUGGCACCACUUACGCCGAUCUGUUCAGCCCGUCUACCCUCGGAAAUAUCAACAAUGACUUCCUCAUGCAGAACUCCAACAACAAUGAUGGCAAUGCAUUUGCUCAAUACGCCGACAACGGUACCGACAGCACUAGUGGCAUCUCCAGGGUUUUCAGGUUUAACAGUGGCUCUGGUUCUGGCUCUGGCUCUGGCAUGAACUCAAACCAGUCGCCUUCGGUGCCCUCUUUGACGCACUACAACACCAAUUCUUGCAACACGUCUUCAUGCGGAACAUCCCCUGAAUCUGCAAACUCUCCUCCGUCCGACGCUAACAAGUCGGGUAUCAACGACUUCAACGACAUAUACUCUCUUAAGCCUGUCACUUCUAACAACACCCUAAAAUCAGCGCAGAACGGCGCGAUCACCAACGCCUCGACGCCCGGCUUCGACUGGCUUGCUACACAGAAUGGCGGUCAAUUUGAUCCUGUCCUGUUCGGUGACUACCGUGAGAGCCAGGAUGCUGUUGUCGGCGAUGGCGACUUUAACAGUGGCUUCUUUGAGGCUGCUUUCCCUUACGAUCUGAACACACCGUUCGCCAUGAACGACNNUUUUUCUUCUCCCAAGACUGCCCAGCAGACUUCCGCAAGCGCGAACUUGCUGGCAGAGGUUGAGAAGUGUCGCGAAGGUGGUGACGAUGACAUUUACUUGCCACAGCAGGUACCCACUCAGCAAACCCAGCAGAGCAUCAAUGAGAUGAGUUUGAAGUCCGCUGAACAGAUGCUCAAUUGCAACACGAUUUGGUGCGUGGAUUCUUCCGACAACAAUGCUUAUAUCGACACUAACACCUCUCAAAGGUCGCAAUUACAAUCCAACCAGGAUUUCAAGGAGGGCAAGUUCGAUCUCGACAAUCUCUGUGCCGAGCUUCGUGCGAAGGCCAAGUGUUCAGAGUCUGGUGUCACUGUGCCAUCAGAAUACGUGGAUGCUGCGUUCAAGAAGCUGUCGGGCGACAACAAACAGCCACCUCUUGAUGACUAUCAUGCCACGCAUUCUCAAAAGGGCCUUGAUUACCUUUUCAACCAAUACUCUGUUGACGAAGCACUCAAGAAGCUAGCAGGUCAAUAA